AUGGUGGCUUGCCUGGGUGAAGGUGCCUUCGGUGCGGUUUGGCUCGCGCGAUGCAAAGAGACUGGUCGCAACAUCGCCUUGAAGGAAGUUCCCCGACACUUGGCAGAGCCUCACCUGCUGUACCCUGAGAGGGACGUGCUUCGCCAGGUCGCUCGGUCGAGAGAAGAUGGGUCGUCCUGGGUUAGCCCUGCAUUGACGGAGUUGGUGAUGUCAUUCACAACCUCUUUCGCGAUAUGCUUGGCUAUGGAGUUGGUCGAGGGUGCCCACCUGCUCGAGCAUUUGCGUGCAGCUUCUCGCAUGUCCGAGUUGCAAGUGCAAUGGUAUACUGCAGAGCUUGCUGCGGCCCUCACGUGGCUACACACAGCGGGUUGGUUGUACAGAGACUUGAAGCUUACCAAUGUCAUGGUGUCCUUGUCGCAGGGAUCUUACGGGCGAGUGAAAUUGAUAGACUAUGGGUUCGCAUUUUACGGUGCAUGGUGCGAUAAAGCUGUUGGAACAUUGCGCACGAUGGCUCCUGAAGUCAUUUGCUGUGCAGAUAGCAGCUGGUUGGAGCACCUGAAGUUGGUCUGUCCGACGACCGUUGUGGGCUACGGUCCCGCUGCAGAUUGGUGGUCUUUGGGAAUUAUACUGUACGAGCUGCUAACUGGCCAGCCGCCAUAUGGACACCAAGAUGACAUCGUCCUGGAGGGAUUUCAGACCUUGGAAGCUCAGCUUGCAACUUCUGGCAUGCAGUGGCCGAGCGAUUCUGUCGCAAGUAGUGCAGCCAAAGAAGCUGCCAGUGCCUUCUGCCGAAUAGACCCCACAGACAGACCUACUUCUGGUACUGAAGUGCGCCGAUAUGAGUUCUUCGCAUCCAUCGACUGGGCUGCAGUCGACUCUUGCACGGGGCCAGGACCUUCGUUCGACACGACCCUGGGGCACACUGCAGCCUCAGCUGCUGCAGAUCCUUGCCGGCCUAGACGAGGUGCGUUGCCAGUGGCUUGCGAGGAGCCCGAUCCAUUCACUGAUUGGUGA